CAAGCCCACAACAAAGUUCCCAGAGGAGAAAUCCACAAUGUUAUGCCAACUCUUUUUUCAACUAACACAAUUCGCCUAACCUAAGUGUGUAGUUCCUGAUACAACGUCUGCAUUGGUUGCUUCCUUCAACGCUGUGCUGUCCGUAACUAUCAGCGGCAUUGAGAAAGGUGACAACAAGAUAUGGCAGAGAGAAGAAGCAAAGAGCUUUUGCAGUUGGAGCAUAAGGGCACGCCCCUUUCUUCCUUAGAAUCCGCUCUUCUUUUAAGUGGCAAUAAAAGAGAAGCAGACGCUCAAACUCGGAAACUCCCCUCUCAUGGCACUCCCCUCACUGCUCCACUUCCCCCAAGCCAACUUUUAGGGAAGGUUAAAGACUUCCUGGGAGUGAUGUCAGAAGCAAAUAAGCGGCUGGAACUUGAUGCAAAGGAACAUCCAGAGAAUUACGAUAUUGAAGAGCUAACUGGAAACGAAUCUGAAGUUAUUGAAAUGGAUUUGAUGCUUGGUGUCGCUGAUCUUAAGACACCUGAGGCAGUGGCUGCUGCUGAAUCUGCAAUUUCCACUUGUCAGCCUGUGAUUUCAUUGGCUACUGAUGGUAGUGAAACAGAUUCGGAGGAGAGUGAUGCUGAUGAUGACAGUGAGGAUGAUGAAAAUGAAAGCAGUGAAAAUUAUUGCAAAGAUGGAAUCGAUGGUGAAAAUGGAAAUGGGUCAGUAAUUAAAGAAACUAUUUCUGGUGAUGAUAAUAUUCAUGAAAAACAAAAGGGAACUGGUCAUUCCAAGAAACGUCCAAGGAUUGUUGAGCUCUCGUGAGCCUAUAUGGUUUUUAGGAUUAGAUCCUCAUGUAUACUGAGAUGAUUUCGAUCAGUUACGAUAUAUUUCGAUCUUGUUGGUUGGACUUAUGCUGAAUUGAAAUAUAACCAUAGCCUCCCACACCUAUGAGAUGAUACAGUGGAAAAGCUUCCAUUCUUCAAAAUGUACAGGUCUCUAUUUUUCGGCCUCUACGGCAGGGGCAACCGGUAAAAGGACAAUGUUUGGCAUUGUUA